GCGGCAGACUGGCGCGCAGCGUGGAUUUGGCCUCUGCUAGUGCCUCUUGUUUUUUUUUCCCUCCGAUACUUUUUUCCUUUGCGCCCCCGUCACGCAAACAUGAAGGCUCUGAGCCCAGCCCGAGGCUGCUACGAAGCCGUGUGCUGCCUGUCGGAGCGCAGCCUCGCCAUCGCGCGUGGCCGUGGAAAGAGUCCCGCAGCCGAGGAGCCGCUGAGCCUGCUUUAUGAUAUGAAUGACUGCUAUUCGCGCCUGCGGGAGCUGGUGCCGGGCGUCCCGCGGGGCACGGAGCUCAGCCAGGUGGAGAUCCUGCAGCGUGUCAUAGACUACAUCCUGGAUCUGCAGGUGGUGCUGGCCGAGCCCGCCCCGGGGGCCCCAAACGGGCCCCAUCUCGGCAUCCAGACAUCCGAACUGACGUCUGAACUCUACUCAAAAGAUGAGAGCAGUCUUUGCCACUGACCCCAGGCAUCUUUAGUUCUGUAUGCAGGUGUUGUGAUCCCGCUGGGACCCCAAGGAUCAAGCUUUGACCAGAGCCCCAGGAAUGGCCAGGUCCAUACUGGCUGCAGCAUCUGUUUUUACCACUGUCUCCACCUCGCCUGGUUUAAGGCUGAAAGGAACUCUCAGCAGAGCCCCCUCUUCCCGGGAUCUAGGAGAAGCUAAACUGUGGGACUUCUGUAGAAGAAAGAGAAGGCAAUUUUCACGUCGCUUUUCCCCAAGUUUAAAAGGAUUGGUUUGUUAACCAGGUUGUUGUUUUUUUGGGUUUUUUUUUAGGGGAUAUUUUGUUAUUUCUUUUCCCCACCCCACCCCCAACCAAUUUUGUUGAGGCAGCUGGAGACCUUAGAUUGUGGUGUCCCCGGAGGGGGGAGACCCUUCAGGAAAAAGACCUGCUUGUUCCUGCCCCCUCCUCAAGACCUCACUGUGAUUAUGAACUCUAUAAUAGAGUAUGUAUAGCAUAUGUACCUUUGUGCAGGAAGGUGACUUUCUGUAAUCAUGCAUUGUACUUUAUAAACUUUUUAUAAAAGUUAAAACUUUUUUGCAUAAUAAACGCGGUUUUUUAAAAAC